UUGAUUGGUUGGUAUAGCAAUCAGAACCAAUUGAUUCCUAUAAAAACGCAGCAGGAAUUGAAAAAGGAUCAAAACACAUCAGUACUCCAAACUGUAACAAUCUUCUCGCCUUUCAGCGAUUCCCAGAGGAAAUCAACAAUCAUGAAGUGCAUCGCAGCUGUAGUCAUGAUGGCCCUGGCCGUUGUUGCUGAAGGAAAUCUCGUGCCCUACUCCGUUCCAUUGGCUUACUCCGCAGCCCACACCACCGUUGUCCAGCAGAACGUGGCCCCUCGGUAUAUCUCCACGGUUCCAGUGACCUCCUACGCCGCUUCUCCAGUUACCUACGCUGCCGCCCCAGUAACCUACACCGCUCCUCACACCACGUUCGUCCAGCAGAACGUUGUCCCACGUUACGUUGCCCCAGUGGCCUAUGCUGCUCCUUCGGUCGUGGCCUACAACUCUGUCGAUUCGGAAGUCGUCGAAGCCACUCAUGUGGCCGCCCCAGUGGCCACCGUCGUUGCCCAGCCAGCCGUAGCCGUUGUUGCCCAGAAGGAAGCCCGGUAUGUGGCUGCCAACCGUGGAGCUGUGCAUGAUGCCCCCCUCGCUGGACACACCGUUUCGCAGCAAUCGCUCAAUCUGGAACCAGCUGCGGGAACCGUUUGAAGUGAUUGAUAAAUAAAUUUGACGAUUUGGCCCAGGUAUUUUGAAACGUAGUCUUGUACAAAUUGAAAUUAGCAAUGGUGAAAACUUGCAAAUAAAAUUUACUGUUCUGCUCAAA